AUGGACGCCGUGACAUUUCCUAGGAGGUUGUUCACAGAAGGAGAAGAACCGGAUUAUGAUCGCAGUGUUGUCUACUAUAGCAAGAACACUGCACUGUGGUCUCAAAUGCACACCACACUUGAAGAUGAAUGGGAUGAGCUUGAGAAUUCUAAGCUGGGACCCCUCUUCAGGUUCACGAAGCUCGAGUUUAAUUGGGCAUCGAAGGUGGCACAGACUAUGCUCACUAUGCAAGUAGCAUGCAAGAAGAAGUAUGAGAUAUGGAGUGCCGUGGGUGUACAGCCAGUGCGAUUUUCUCUGAACGAGUUUGAACACAUCACCGGGCUUAACUGCGAGUAUAAAGAAGCGUGA